AUGAAUCCGGCCAACGGCACCUUCCCGGUGACCAAGUUCCUCCUGCUGGGUUUCUCCUCCCUAGGCUGGCAGAGCCGCACCCUCCUCUGCGCCCUGCUCUCCUCCAUCUACUCUGGGACAAUGGCCGGCAACCUGUGCAUCGUGUGGGCCGUGCUGCAUGACCCUCGGCUCCAGCGCCUGCCCAUGUACAUCCUGCUGGGGAACUUCUCCUGGCUGGAGACCUGCUACGUUACUGCCACUGCACCCCGGAUGCUCUGCGACCUGCUGUCCCCCGGCCUCCCCAUCUCCUUCCACGCCUGCUUCCUGCAGUUCUACUUCUUCUUCUCCAUGGGGUCCACCGAGUGCCUCCUCCUCACGGCCAUGGCCCUGGACCGGUACCUGGCCAUCUGCGAGCCCCUGCGCUACCCCAUCCUCAUGUCCCCCCGCCGAUGCUGGAUGCUGGCGGCCUCCUGCUGGCUUGCCGGCUUCCUGUGGUUCAUAGUGCCCAUCGUCCUCAUCUCUCGGCUCCCCUUCUGCAGCCCCUACACCCUGGACCAUUUUCUCUGUGACCCGGGUCCCUUGUUGGCGGCCUCCUGCUCCCCCGCACCCCAGACUGAAGAGUUCUUCUACACCGUGAGUUCCCUCAUCAUCCUCGCCACCUUCCUCUUCACCCUGGCCUCCUACGGGCUCAUCGUCAGGGCCGUGCUGAGGCUGCCCGCAGGGGCCGGGCGGCACAAGGCCUUCUCCACCUGCACCUCCCACCUGGCCGUUGUGGGCUUGUUCUACGGCUCCGUCAUGGUCAACUACGUCAACCCGGCGGCCUCGGGGGGCAGCGGGAAGGUGGUGACGCUGUUCUACACGGUGGCGACCCCGCUGCUCAACCCCCUGAUCUACAGCCUGAGGAACAAGGAGAUGAAGGGGGCUCUGAGGAGGACUCUAGUGGGGAAGCUGCGGGGGAUUCUGCUCUGGCAUCAGCCUGCAGGGCCUGGCUAG